GUCAUGGAGAAGAAUGGAAACAACCACAAACUCCGUGUUUGUGUUGCUACUUGCAACCGUGCUGAUUAUUCAAAAUUAGCUCCCAUUAUGUUUGGUAUUAAGGCAGAACCACAGUUCUUUGAGCUUGAUGUCGUAGUGCUUGGUUCCCACCUGAUUGAUGAUUAUGGUAAUACCUAUCGUAUGAUUGAACAAGAUGACUUCGAUAUUCAUACAAGAUUGCACACCAUUGUGAGAGGGGAGGAUGAGGCAGCUAUGGUGGAGUCAGUGGGCCUUGCAUUAGUCAAGUUACCGGAUGUCCUGAACCGCCUGAAACCUGACAUAAUGAUAGUUCACGGGGACAGGUUUGAUGCUUUGGCCCUGGCCACAUCUGCAGCCCUGAUGAAUAUUCGCAUUCUUCACAUUGAAGGUGGGGAAGUCAGUGGGACCAUUGAUGACUCUAUCAGACACGCUAUAACGAAACUGGCCCAUUACCAUGUGUGCUGCACAAGGAGUGCAGAGCAGCAUUUGAUAGCCAUGUGUGAAGACCAUGACCGCAUCCUUUUAGCAGGCUGUCCCUCAUAUGACAAGCUUCUCUCUGCCAAAAAUAAGGACUACAUGAGUAUUAUACGCAUGUGGCUAGGAAGCAAAGAGAUGGUUCGAGUGAUGAGGAAGAAGGGCAUUGAACAUCAUCCCAAUUUUCGGGCAGUAAAACAUGUCCCAUUUGACCAGUUCAUUCAGCUAGUUGCUCAUGCUGGUUGUAUGAUUGGUAACAGCAGUUGUGGUGUCAGAGAGGUGGGAGCAUUUGGUACACCUGUCAUCAACCUGGGGACACGUCAGACAGGAAGAGAGACAGGUGAAAAUGUUCUUCAUGUUCGUGAUGCUGAUACACAGGAUAAGAUUCUGCAUGCUCUACAGCUGCAGUUUGGUAAACAGUAUCCAUGCUCAAAAAUAUAUGGAGAUGGUAAUGCUGUUCCAAGGAUUUUGAAGUUCCUCAAAUCUAUUGACCUCAAAGAGCCAUUGCAAAAGAAAUUCUGUUUUCCUCCUGUCAAAGAUAAUAUCUCACAAGAUAUUGACCAUAUUCUAGAAACACAGAGUGCUCUGGCUGUGGAUCUAGGCGGAACAAAUCUCCGAGUAGCAAUUGUCAGUAUGAAGGGUGAAAUAGUUAAGAAGUAUACACAGCUCAACCCUAAAACUUACGAAGACAGACUAGAAUUAAUUCUAAAGAUGUGUGUAGAGGCUGCAUCAGAGGCAGUAAACGUGAACUGCAGAAUUUUGGGAGUAGGUAUUUCCACAGGGGGACGGGUAAACCCCCGAGAAGGAAUUGUGCUUCACUCUACAAAACUCAUUCAGGAGUGGAGCUCUGUGGAUCUCAGAACUCCAAUAUCUGAUGCUCUGCACCUGCCAGUCUGGGUGGACAAUGAUGGAAACUGUGCUGCUCUAGCAGAAAGGAAAUUUGGUCAUGGAAAAGGAAUAGAAAAUUUUGUAACACUCAUUACUGGUACAGGAAUUGGAGGUGGAAUCAUUCAUCAACACGAACUGAUCCAUGGCAGUUCUUUCUGUGCUGCUGAGCUUGGGCAUAUUGUUGUAUCUUUAGAUGGACCAGAGUGCCUGUGUGGUAGUCAAGGAUGUAUAGAAGCAUAUGCAUCUGGAAUAGCAUUACAGAGAGAAGCUAAGAAACUGCAUGAUGAGGAUCUGCUUUUAGUAGAAGGAAUGUCAAUGAAGAAGGAGGAGGUUGUUAGCGCUGCACAUCUCAUUCAAGCAGCUAAACUUGGGAACACAAAAGCAGACAGCAUUCUCAGAACAGCUGGGACAGCAUUAGGCCUUGGAGUUGUGAACAUUCUGCACACCAUGAACCCCUCUCUUGUGAUCCUUUCUGGAGUUCUAGCUAGCCACUAUGUUAAUGCUGUCAAAGAUGUGAUAAAUCGACAGGCUCUGUCCUCUGUUAAAACUGUGGAUGUGGUGGUUUCAAAUCUAGCAGAUCCUGCUCUUCUUGGAGCUGCUAGCCUGGUACUGGAUUAUACUACACGUAGAAUAUACUAGGUACUUGGAAGAAUUAUAGAAAUGGACUGUUCAAAUUCCUAAUGGGUGGAGGGAAUACUUUGCCCAAAAUUUUUCUUUGAUGAGACCAGCUACUGAAUCAGAGUAGUGUUCCAAACAGUUAGUGACUACUUCAGUAUUUCCUAAAUGAGGUAUUAUCCUUUUGUAUUCUUCCUAAAUUUCAUCUGACUUCAUAGGAACUAAUCUGCAGUUUGGCUGUUUUUAAUCACCUCUGUUGGUAAGCCCAUAUGUUGCUUUAAGUGCAGUUGAAUUAUUUAUGAGCAUAUCUUGAUGUAUGGUGGGGAAUAUGUGUAUGAUGUGUCACAUUAGAGCUAACAUUUGGGGAUUCGUAUCUCAUUUCCCACCUAUGUGAAAUGGGAAGUCUACAAUGUGACCAGCUUUUCAGUUUCCAGGCUUCCACCCACAAAGUAAAUAUGAUGUAGUCACCAACAUCAGGUAGUAAUUUCAGUGGGUGGAAGUGAGGGAAGUUGCCUCUACAAUCAAAAAGGCUGCAUCUAAAAAUUGUGGUUCAUAAAGGACUUGGUGGAGGCAGUUAUUUAUUACAUCAUCUUUAGAGGGCAGAGUCCCACUUUAGAAGCUUUGCAUACGAAGGAAAAAGAUCUUCUAGUGAGCUUACAGCCUGCAGAGCAGUUCAAACUGACAAGUAUAGCAGUGAGCAUCUUUGCCUUCUGGCUAUGGCCAACAGUAAAUUAUUUUAAUUUUGUUGUUUGGGGUUUUCUCAAGGGACUUAGUCUACUACUUUGUCUGCCAAAUUAGCAGAGAGGGGCCUGUUUAUUCUCUGGUAGCCAGUUAGCUGAAAUUCAGCUAUGUGGCGCAUCUGAGCAUAAAGACUCAACCUUUCAAGAAAUCUCUUCCACUGUAUAGUCACAUAGUGCAUCUCCUCAUCAGUUCUGGUGUCUGCAGGUACACUGUUCUUGUCCAGCAUUCACCAUCAGCUUGCAGGAUGGAAAGUAAAAUCUGAGUCUCAUCCUCACCUUCAAGACAUUCAGAAGCCUGGGAGCAAAGUAUGUCAAAUAUCAGUGAAGGCUUGCCUAAGUAAACUAUGGUUUAUGUUUCUUUAACUAGUCCUUCCUGAUAUAUAGCUUUGUCUUUACCCUGCUGCUUUUUAGCCCACUUUCAAGAUACUGUAGUAAUGACAACUAUUUGACACAAGAAAAAAACCUGAAAAACACACCCAUCUAACCGAACAGUGAUCCCAGAAAAAAGAUGCCUGUGCAGCAGCAGUCACAGGACCAUCCUCCGUCCUGCAUUUAAUGGCCUAUUUUGACAUCUAACUCAGCCACCACUGAUGAGAUUCUCAGAAGCCCAGUAAUGUACUAGUACAGGGGAAUAAAAGGGGCUAUUUCCACGCUCGAACUUCUCCAACCAAAAUGAAACAACCUUCUGCAACCACUGCCCUCUCCUGUACAAUAAUCUAGGAUAGAAUAGCUGUUAGUAUAGUGAACCACUUGCUGGGUAAUUCUGGGAUACAGUCUACAGAAAUUGCCUUCAAUUCUUUCGCAAGGAAUGCUUAUUGAGAACUCACAUCUUUAUAGCAGACUUUAGAAACACCACCAGAUCUCCUUCUUGCUGUCUCCAGGAGUAAUUGCACAGCCUCUAAUCCACAGUUUUUCUCAGAAUCGGCAAAUGCUGGCUCUUAACCAUUUGCAAAGUUGUAGUAGGCUUUAUGUCAACCAGGGGUUCUUAGUUCCUUUUCCUGUGUGUCUUGGUUUACUUGGUGAUUCCCAGUAACUUCAAUACCAGAGCAGUAGCUCCAUGAACAGGUCAAGGAGAAAUUGGCUUUGCUCUACAGUGAUAGUAGCUCAGGUCAGGAGUAACAGUAGUGAGGUUCUAACAGAGAGGAACCCUGUCAUUUGAUCUUGCUAUCCUGUAGCAGCACAAGGAAUGCCUGACUAGAAGUGGGACCAGGCUUUUGCUUUGCAGACCUCCUGAAGCUAGGGUAUUUUUGAUAUCUCAGGCUCCAGAUACGUUUUUCCCUAGCAGAUGAAGGGAGGGUGCAGGCAUACAGAAAACAUGAAAGACUAAAACAUACUUGAAAAGUUUACUCUGAAAAACUUUACUGUCUAGGUGAUUAAGAAAAUGGUUCUUCAGCUGCUUUUGAAAAUGUUUUUCUGUCAACUGGACAAGAACCUGCUGCAUAUGUGGAAGUGGUGCA